AUGGAUAAUCAGGUAAAAUAUUUAGUGAAUAAUAUAGUGGAUAUCCACUCGUUGGAGAAUGCAGUGGCAUUGCUCGAUCGUAGGUACAAAACAAACAUUGAACAGAGACUACAGCAUCCAAACCAACCAGAAAAAUGGAUUAAGUCAGAAGUGGAUCUUGAUGAAGAGAUUCAGAAAUUUAGAUCUGUUGCAACUUUGCCAGAAAUUUAUGAUUCAUUAAUCUCUUUGGGAGGAUUUAACCUAUUCCUAACCCUCCUAACCCACGAUAACACGGAUAUCGCAAUUCUAGCCCUUUCCAUUCUAGCUGAGAUUAUAGACCCGGAGACUAUCGACCAGUUACCCGCAGAAUCCACAUUUAUCACAAAUAUAAUAUCAUCUAAACUACCAGAAUUAACGGUUCAAUUGCUAUACAAAAUCGAUGAAGAUGCUAGUGAAGACGAUUACAAUGCCGCCACUAAUGCCAUGGAAAUGAUAGAACAUCUCAUCGAAAUAGACCCUGAAGUGACUAAUCGGUUUUUAUCAUGUGAUUUGGGUGAAUAUUUCAUUAGACGUUGUCGAAUACAUAAGACAGAUGGGAUGGAUACUAACAGAAUUUAUUCACUGGAAUUACUUGCCAUUUGCCUUCAAACUUCCAGUAACUGGAGGCAUACCUUUGGCAACGCAAAUAACAUAGAAAAACUACUCAAAUUGAUAGCACAAUUUAGGAAAUUAGAUCCGGAUUCCACUGAAGAAAAUGAGAUUAUGGAAAACUCAUUUCAGUGCCUAUGUAAUCUUAUGUUAUGCCCACCGGCACAGCAAUUGUUUGGUUCCACGCAGGGAUUGGACUUAAUAAUUCGUAUAUUACAUGAGAGAAAGAAAUCAUAUCGCUCAGCAAUCACACUUUUGGACUAUUGCUUGUUGAAUUGUUCUCAGAAUUGCGACUUAUUUGUUACCAAGUUGGGCUUAAAAUCGCUAUUUGCCAUAUUUAUGCGCCGAGGUGUCCAAACCAAACCAAAUUCUGCGCAUGAACUUGAAGAAGAUGAGCAUGUAAUAGGAAUAAUUUAUUCAUUAUGCUCAUAUUGUACCGGUGCACAAAUAUCACGAGUGUUGAACAAAUUUGUCGAACAUCGCUAUGAAAAACUUGAAAGAUUAGUAGAGUUACAUGACAAAUAUAUUAUUUCUUCGAAGAAGCAAGCCAAAACAUCUCAAUUCAAAAAUAUAAUUAAUAUGGAUGUGGACCAGGGAAAUUACCUUGAGAGCCUUGAACACGGCCGGUCCAUAUGCCAAAUGGCAGAUAUAAUUAUUGUGAGGUUGUACAACAUGGGGAAUACCACUGUAUCUUCUUGUAUUAUGUUAUUUUUGCAUAACAAAGGCAUUAAGAUCCAGGACAUUUAUCAAAACAUCAUGGAUUACAUCGAGCAUCUAUCCGACGACGCUGAUGAUGAACGCAAAAAAUUGAACACUUUACUAAAAACAUUCCUACACGGAGCAUACAACUGCAAUUUAUUUAUAGAAUGA